CGUUGGGAGUCAGAGCAUGCGCGUGAGAGUGAGAUUUGGACUGAGCAACAAAUUUGAAUCAGAAUUUCCUUCUUCAUUAACUGGAAAAGUCGCUCCUGAAGAAUUCAAAGCCAGCAUCAACAGAGUUAACAGUUGCCUGAGGAAGAACCUUCCUGUUAACGUGCGGUGGCUGCUUUGUGGCUGCCUUUGUUGCUGCUGCACUUUAGGGUGCAGUAUGUGGCCAGUUAUUUGCCUCAGUAAAAGAACACGAAGAUCGAUUGAGAAGUUAUUAGAAUGGGAAAACAAUAGGUUAUACCACAAGCUGUGCUUGCACUGGAGACUGAGCAAAAGGAAAUGUGAAACGAAUAACAUGAUGGAAUAUGUCAUCCUCAUAGAAUUUUUACCAAAGACACCGAUUUUUCGACCAGAUUAGCAUUUACUUUAUUUAUAGAGACUUUCCAAGUAUGUUGUCUUUCCAACGGUGCCUUGCUCGGUGCUCUCCUGCUGGUGACGUAACAUUGGUUCUACAGAAUCAUGUGGUGUUUGUUUUUUUAAAUAAGUGCAUGUUUUCUGUGUGCAUAUUUGUCAAACUUCGCAAGUUAUUUCAUACAGAUGUUUAAUACUUAAGUUAUUGUGCUCUUUUCUGUUAUGUAUUCUGAUUUUCAAGAAUUACUUUUUUGUAUUCUCAAAAAAAUACAUUUGAACUUAGCAUAAAAAGUGGCCAGCUUUUUUAUUUUAUCACCAAGGUACAUGCAGCCCUUUAUUUAUAAAUUCCUUAAUAUAGGAAAACACCUUUGUAAGGCUCUACUUAUCUAUCCUAGCAAACAGACUCUUUGUAUUAUUUUUCUUCUCUUUAAUAAUUAUUUUAAAAUAAUAAUUUUUCUUUAAUAGUCUUUUGGAAUACAGCAUACCCUUUCUCAUACAAUUCCUAAUGCUUUGUUUACAGCAGAUAUAUCUGUUAAUAUUAUGAAGACCUGUCAAAAAUUUUAAAAAUAUUUCUGUCUUCAAAGGUAGUAAGGCAGGAUUAUUUUUAUUAGACUAGAUAAAUCAGUGAAUGGUAUGCAUGCAUGUAAUGGUUACUAGAGCUCAGGAUCACAAAGUAUAGUAGCAUUACAAUCUGUAUAUUUUUUAUCAAGAUGAUAUUGAUAAUGGCCUUACUUGGGUUAUUUUUAUUGUUCACCAAAUCUUACAUACAAAAGUAUGGAAGUAACUUCUUUUAAAAAUUUCUAAGAAAAAUAUUUCUCCCAUUCUAUCACAGUUGUAGAAUGAAUGUGUUUCUAAAGAGUUUUGAAAAGAAAGAAAAGUUCUAGAAUCAAAAGUAAGCUGGUAUUCAGUACCCCACUGAUAUUUAGAAUGAUUAUUCCUAAGAAAUGGAGGACAUUUUAGUACUGUGUUUGCCCACCCAUUCACUUUCAGUCUCUUUAUAACACUCCUUUGAUUGAGAGUGACGUACAGGUUCGAGUCAGAUUAGCUUAUUGCUUUUAAAUACACAUGCACACUUACACAUGUACACAUACAUAUUUUUUCUCCUUUUGGUUGUACAUAUCUCCAUGCAUUUUUAAACUUUUAAAAUUUCUGAAUGACCUCUGUAUAAAUUUUUGUUUUUAUAAGCCUGCAAUUAUACAAGUUUUAAUGUGUGUCAAGAACUUGUUCCUUGCAACUGUGGUAUCGAGCAAUAAUGUGAAUAACUUUUGAAAUUAUAUAAACUGUGCUUAAUAAUUUGUAUUAAGAAUUGGUACCACUAUACAAUACCUUUUUUUCUUGUAUUAAAUCUUUUAAAUACCAGUUUCAUUAGUUUAUGUAAAUGUAUUUUUAAAAAAUAUAUUUCUUUGUACUUCUCCAAAGUACUGUACUUCUAUAUAAAUUUGAAUGCCAGUAUCAUAUACCCUGUAUCCUAAUGUCAUGUAUCAGACAUUAGGAACUAUCUUAAAAUUAGUAUUUAAAAAAUUA